AUGCCCCCGCCCCAUGCCGCCAUCUCACCCCGCCCUGACGCCCCCAAACAGCUCACCGGCCUAGACGUAGACGGCUCUCCUGUUGGCGACCCGUCCACGGAAUCAUUAUCCGGCGACCCGCGGAAGUAUGUCUCGCACGCCUGCGAGGCCUGUCGGUUCAGGCGAUCAAAGUGCGAUGGCAAACUUCCAUUGUGUUCAACCUGCAAGAAGCGGCGGACGGCAUGUACCUACUCGGACGUGGACCGACGCAGAGGCAAGCUGAAGAAGCAUGAGACAGACGCCUUGGUCCAACAGGUCCAAUCUCUUCAGAGCAUCAUAUCAGCCUUGCAAAUCGCCUCCGACGAUGAUGCUCUCGAGUUGCUGAGGAAAAUCCGCCGCAACGAGUGUGACCUCCUCGACAAUCUACCUCCCUCCGAUCGGCCCUCGCCUGUCAGCGAUGUGUUAGCAGACUAUCGGAGAUCUCAGGAGAGGGAUACAAAGCCGGCACUAGAGUCCAACGUCUCGACAUCGCGGAUCUAUACCCCAGACGACCUUCCCCCUGAAGGAUUGGUUAGACUCGGUCUGGCAGCAUACUUUGAUUGCUGUUUUACCCUGUUCUACCUUUUCCACGAGCAGGACAUUAGCAUCAUCCUCGAGCGGGUGUAUAGGUCCACCGACCCAGUCGAUACUGCCACCCUCUGUGAAGUCUGCGCCUUGGCCGCUGUGGGAAGUCACUAUGACGCCGAGAAUGUUCCCGUGCCGGUGAUGGAAGCACUAUACCGUACCGCAUCCGUCUAUAUGAAUGACUGCGUCGAGGCUCACUAUCUGCGUGGCAUGAGGACAUUGCUCUGUCUCAGCAUCUACUCCUUCAUGACCAAGAGAAGGAGUGCUCGCCUCUCUAUCGCUUCCGGACUACAAAUCGCCCGUUGGGCGCGUCUGCAUCAACAGGUGACUUCUCAUGAUUGGCAUCUCUGGGGAAGGGUCUAUCGGACUCUAGUGUUUAUGGAAUGUUGGUUGUCUGCGAGUCUCGGAUACCAAUGGGAUCUCAAUGAAGAGGAGCUAAAGAUCGCCCAACUUGAAAUCGUCGAGCCCGUACCAACACUAGAGAAUGCGAUCCAAGGUCAGAUGAGCGCUGUCGGCAUUCUCAUGGCCAAUAUAUUGCAGGACGUAUAUAGGUCGAGCUCUGUCGUGUUCUCAAUCAUGAGGAAACACUCAAACCACCUGGACGAGUGGCGACGCUCGCUUCCGGCGCCAAUGCAACUGCCAUCCAUCCUAGAUCCCAGCUCUCCGGACGACUGCGGAUUCGAGGACAAACACCGAAGAUCCCUCGUGCUGGUUCACAUUAUGGGCUUCGGGGCGCAGAUCCUUCUGCAACGCCGGCUUCUUGUCGCCGCGGCCGAAUGCAGAAUGAAUAAACGCUGGAGUCUCGACGGGUCCCGCGAAGAAGCCGCAUCUAUUCAGCGAGAGUGUGUCGCCGCAGCUAAUAGUUGUGUCCAACUUCUCGAUGUUCUAGGCUAUGCAACGAGCAUGUUCCGACGGUGCUGGUUAUGCAUUGGCCACGCCUUCAGCGCCUGCAGCGUCCUUCUGUUCGACGCCGCACAAUCUGUUCUAUACGGAGUCAGAGACGGAGUGGAAGAAACCCUCGCACAGUCCCAGAAAUGCAUCAAUGUCCUGCAAAGUUGCAGCGUCGCGGACCACGUUGCAAGAUCAAUGAUGGACAUCGUCCUGCCCCUACACCAGGAGCUUCUCACCCUCGCCAGCGCCAACUUCUCGCAUAUUCGGCAAAGCGGCAUCUACCAUCUAUUACAGAAUCCUCAUUCGGCUGGUGGCCCCGACAGUGACCCCCGGACUCAACCUGACCCGAGGGACGUUCUUCCCGUGCGUUCUGCCGCCAUCCCCGCCAUGCAGAAGGCUAUAGAGGUCCUGGGCAACCCCUUUGGCCACCCGAGACGCCUCAAUAUCGACACCUUUUCCCCUGCGGACCAGGACAUACCUAGUUGGUGGAAUUGA